GGAGGGCGGCGGGGAGGAGGCUCGUCGGCCCGGAGGGCGGAGGAGGCCGAGCCAUCCCAGCCCGAGCUUCAAAACAGCCGGCGCCUCACCCCGCGCACAGCCUGCCCCUGCGUCCAGACGCCCGUGUCCGGUGUGGAUUUUUCUCUGCCAUCCUCUGGCUGCCCCCUGGCCGUCACUGCCCUGUGAACAUGUUGGUGAUUCUGGCCUGCGUCAUCGUCUUCCACAUCAUCUGUGCGGCGCUGCUGUUCACCUCCACCGUUAACAAUGCCUGGUGGGUUGGAGAAGACUUCUCAGCAGACAUCUGGAGAGUGUGCAUCAACAAUACAAACUGCACAGAGAUCAACGACCUGAGUGGCAGCGAUGGGUUCAAAGAUUACUCCAUCAUGCAGGCCGUGCAGGCCACCAUGAUCCUCUCCACCAUCCUCUGCAGCCUCUCCUUCCUCAUCUUUCUGCUCCAGCUCUUCCGCCUCAAGCAGGGAGAGAGGUUCAUCCUGACCGCCAUCAUCCAGCUCAUGUCCUGUUUAUGUGCCAUGAUCGGGGCUUCCAUUUAUACAGACCGGCGCCAAGACCUUCACCAGCAGAACUACAUCUAUAGCCUGGUGCAGGAAGGCAGCUAUGGCUACUCUUUCAUUCUAGCCUGGGUCUCCUUCUCCUUCACUUUCAUCAGUGGCCUCAUGUACAUGAUCCUGAGGAAGCGCAAGUAGGCUGCGGAAACCCAGCCUCUCUCCCCACAGUAUGGCAUACACGUUCACAUAACCAUUUUGUAUAUAAUCAUUUUUGUGGUUUUUCUAGCAAACAUAUUGUUUCCUUUAAAAGCUUUUAUAAAAAAGAAGAGAGAGAGAAAGAGGAGUUUCUGCCUUCUUGGAGUCUGAGACCAGACCACGAAGGCUGGCAUUCAGAAUGCAAGCCCACCGAGAGUCUCAGCAAGGCCCAGCAAGAUCCAGCAAUGUGGAAUCCACAGGAUGCUUCUCCCCGGUGGACCUGGGGUGGGGUGUGGCCAAAGGUGGAAAAAGCCUGUUUUCGGGCACAAGCUCUCUGUAGGUUUCUACCCUGCCCCUCUCCCCCGGCCCCUUCCCCCUGCCCAUGCCACUCUGGCAGCCACAGGUGGGAUGAUGAGGGGCCCGAGUGAGGAGUACAUAUCCUCAGAUAUUAACCCCUAGUUCAUGUAAGCAGAGGGCAAAGGCUAGCCCUGGUUUCGGUCUGUCCGGGACCCAGAGCCCCAGUCCCCCUGUGGUGAGUUAGGUCAUCAUGCAGACUUCCUGACAGUCGCCUGUCUGCCUUAAGGAUAGUUGUCAUGUUGAGUCUCCGUAGGUAAUUCCUUAAGGCAUCUGUUACAUGCAGAGCCACAGGUCCACUUCGAAGACCCUCAGAAUCCAUCAACGGGGUGAACCUGUAUGUCUGAAUUUCCGAUGAUCUCCCUGCAAUAUCCUUAGAUGCACUGAAACUGGGGGUAAGAGUCCUAGAGACAGGGGAGUAGAGUCACCCUGUAAAUGUUAACAGUCUCAUCACACUAAGAUGGCCCCACUGCCAGCCACAUCUUGGCCCCACUAGCUCUUGCUCUCACAGCUUCUGAUAUCUGGGCUGCUUGUGCCAUAUUCCCAGGCCAUAAGCCUCCAUCCGUGAGGAGGACUGGGCAGCCUCCUCCCUGCCCUGUCCUUCCUGCCCUUCUUUCUAACGUGGGUGCUUCCAUUGGCCCCUGUUUCUGGAGACUCAGAAGAUCUGUCUUCCAUCCAUUCAUCUACCUAUCAUUCAACAUGAAUGGGUCUUGCCACAUGUCAGGUGCAAAGGUUACCUUUCAAACCAUUCCUCGUGAAACUCGGGCUAGUGAAGAACAUGCCAGAACCACUCAGAAACACUGCCACCUGUGACGGAGCAGCAGCGACGCCACCAGUCAAAACCUCCCGGGGCGAGAGGAAGCCCACUCUCCGUGUGCCUGCCUUGAAGUGCCCUGUGGCAUCUACACUGCUCUAGACAGAGUUCCACUCAGCUUCAACAGGUUUCCCCCAGAGGGUACUUUAGUAGAGGAUCCCACAUGUCCCACACUGAGACAGCAGGAAAGGAUUCCCAGAGCCAUGGCUCUCAAGAUGGGCACCCAAGGAGGAGAACCCAGCUGCCCUCCAGUCAGUAAGAAUGUCCUGAUAAAUGUGGCAUGAGAUGAUCAUACCAGAGAUCCAAGGACUCUAAGAUGGCAACCUUCUCCCUUUGGUACCCUUCACCAUUGUUAGCAUCAAGUCGGAGAGGUGACUCUGGGACAGGGUGUGUAGAUUUGCGUUGUUUAAACACAUUUACAUGUGAGCUUCUGUGAGGGGUCGUUUAUCAGUACCGCAGUUCCAGUGGAGCUGGGGUUGUUGGGGCUGAGUGGCUUCAGAGCCACCAUGGACACCUCCUCAGUACAAGACUGGCUUCCCUCCCUCCGGCUCUCCUAUCCUCCUUUCCGUCCUUCCCUUGGGGAGAGUGCCAAGGUGGCACGGGGCAGAGAUAGGGCAGGUGACCACCCUUGAUGGAGAACUUCCCCAGGCUCACUGAGGCCUGUCUAAAGUGUCCUCUACACAUUCCUUGGGGACUUUUCUGUAAUAAUGUCCUGGUAGUCACGAUGGAAACAAACGGACCAAACCACAGGCAUGAAACAUGAAUUUCCACCUCAGAGAGCCCAGGGCUGCAGAAGCAAACCAUCCGAUACGAUGGGAAUGGGAUGGGGGUUGUCUGCUUGCCACUGUGGCCAGCAUUCGGUGCCAUCCCCUGUGGCAUGAGAGAAAAGGGCGCGAGGGAGAACAGAUCCACCCUUCUCCUAUGUGGGAUCAGCUCUAAAUUGGUGCUCAUCACUAGUUACCAAAGAACAAUGACAAAGUCAGCCGGGAUAUCCAAGAAGCAUGGAUUAGGACCAAACCCAUCACUGUAUUUAAAGGAACUUUAGUUUGCGCAUCUUACAACAUUUUUAUAAAGUACUGUAAUUCAUGGGUGGGGCAUGUGACAGAGACAGACUAACCCAUGUUUGUCAUUUGCAUUAAAAUUAUUUUGGGUCUCUG